GGCUGCGGCCCCCGCCGGUUACAUAACUCGUUGCGGGACCCGCGCGGUCCCGUGUCCCGGCUCCCUGCGUCCCAGGAUGCGUUGAGCCCCGCGACGCCCUCAUCUGGCCCCGGCUCCCGCCCGAGGUGUGAAUGACAGAGGUGGUGCCUUCGAGCGCCCUCAGCGAGGUCAGCCUACGCCUCCUCUGCCACGAUGACAUAGACACUGUGAAGCACCUGUGCGGUGACUGGUUCCCCAUUGAGUACCCAGACUCAUGGUAUCGUGAUAUCACGUCCAACAAGAAGUUCUUCUCCCUUGCUGCAACCUACAGAGGUGCCAUUGUGGGAAUGAUAGUAGCUGAAAUUAAGAGCAGGACCAAAAUACAUAAGGAGGUAUGUCUGUGCAACAGUGACUUGGCUGUUAUAGAAUUUGCAGAGGACAGUGAAGAUGCCUUCUCCCUGAGUCUGCCAUGUCAUCCUCCUAACUACUCUGCUGUACAUAACCUUUACCUCUUCUCCCAAGGUUCUCUUUUACUUGAAAGUUUAAAGGAUCACAUAUCAACCACAGCUCAGGACCACUGUAAAGCCAUCUACCUGCACGUCCUCACCACCAACAACACAGCGAUAAACUUCUAUGAAAACAGAGACUUUAGGCAGCAUCACUAUCUGCCUUAUUACUACUCCAUCCGAGGGGUCCUUAAAGAUGGCUUCACCUAUGUCCUCUACAUCAAUGGCGGUCACCCUCCCUGGACCAUCUUGGACUACAUCCAACACCUGGGCUCAGCACUAGCCAACCUGAGCCCCUGCUCCAUCCCGCACAGGAUCUACCGCCAGGCCCACAGCCUGCUCUGCAGUUUCCUGCCAUGGUCCAGUAUCUCCUCCAAGGGUGGCAUCGAGUACAGCCGCACCAUGUGAUGCCAGCUGGACAGCCUCCACCAAGCCACCUCCCUCAGCACCCUGUGGAACCCACCUUCCUGUCUGUCUGACCUCUGCUGUCCUCUUCAAGGAGCUGGCGGCUACCUGCUGGCCCUUCAGCCUGCCCCAGCUGCAGGUCUGGUGCUACGUGGGCUCAGGAGCAGAGCAUGCACCGUCUCCCCACAGGAUCCCUGGUUCUCCUUCCUGCUUCUGGAAACUUCUCCCUCCACUCACUCUCACCAUCAUACAGCAGGUGUUGCUGUUUUCACUAGGAAGGGGAUUCCCUCUCUGGACCUCUCUGCUCCUCUGUCUGGUCCUUCAGCUUCUUCUUUCAAAAUGAACUGAACUUUGUGCUAUGAAGGAAAAAUGUGACAUGGACACCCUUAACUCUGAAGGCACAGGAGCCUCAGAAGAAGAGGGUGCAAUAAAGGGAAUGCCAUGCCUUUGUCCAGGACCUGUCUGAAGAAGCCUGGAGAGUGGGAGCAACCUCCACCCUUCCACAGGAGGCUGGCUCUGGAGCACAGAGCUCCAGCACUUGGCCUGGGGCAGAUAGACAGUGGGACAGUUCCCUGCUCCCUAGUGACCUCCUGCCGUGUGCUUCUUAUUCUCUAGAGGGAUUGCAGGGCCCAUCAGAUGAUGGUAUUCUCCACACAGCUGACCUGCCCUAAGAGCUGGGCUGAGGAGAAACACUUGUGAGUCACCUGGGGUUCUCCCUUGUGCGUCCUUCAGUGAACUGAAGCUCCGAGGCCUGGCCAGAUGCAGACAUGACGAGGCUGAGCUCCACAUCAGGCAUCACUAUUGCCAUGAGCCCGUGGGGCAGUGGGCAGUCAGUGUCUUGAUACCCCUUAGCCUCAGGCAGAGGCUGCAUCAGCACUGAGUCAUGCUUGCAGCGUGCAUGUGUCAAGAAUCCAGCAGCCUGCUACCCUGCACGCCCAAACUACUUGCUGCCAGUCCUACUCAGCACACUGCAGUGUCAGAGGAGCCGCCAGAGAGGGUCCGCAAGGCCCCUCGCUUCACCAGCAUGAGGAGGAGGAAAGAACAGUUCAGCGGGUGGGCCUCAGUGACUGAGUGCUUCCCUUCCUCAGUAUCUUCUGGCUCGUGGCUUUCAGGGAACUGGAGACAUCUCAAAGCCUCCACCUGGCCUCACAGAGGGGAAGGGUCCUCACAAGGAACACAGGCCCAGCAAGAAAAGUGUCCCCCUCCCUCAACAAUGCUGGCCAGCAGUGUUCCAUGUCAUGGUGAUUGGGCCAAGGUCCCAUCCCUGUGCCCUCCUUUCAAUCAACGGUGAUCAUGUGAUUUUUAUUUCUGCUCCAUGUGGUUAGGGAAAAUUCUCCCAGAAGGUUCUGCUUUGGACAUUCAUAAUCUAGCUUGGAGCCCUUGCCCUGCCCUUCCCUCCCUUCACCCCCCUAAUCAUUGCAGCAUCCAGCCCAGUGUUGAACAGAUGUUAGUGUUUUGUCUCAUUACAAAUAAAUAGCCUUUAACUGAUCACAUCCCAUCUCUGGAACCUGGUUGCUAAACUGUGGGCCCUGCUCCUGUGCCUGGGGCCAUUGCUGUUUGUUCCUGAGGAUGGCCCACCUAGGUGGGCAGCUGGUCUCUAUUAAAUCAAAGGGUCUUCAGCAGCUGCCUUGAGCUCUCAACCUUGAGCUGGGGCCUGGUGCAGGUGGGCAACUCUACACCCCCUACUCUGAUGGCAAUUCCACUCCUAGUCAGCAGAGGCCUUGGUCCAGCUCAGGAGCUUGCAGCGGGUGCCAGCCCCAGAGUCUAGGUGCUCCCGUCAGUCUCU